GUUUUCACAGGUUCAUACUAACAAAAGCACCAUGGAGUUUUAUGAGUCAACAUAUUUUGUUGUCCUUAUUCCUUCAGUAGUUAUUACAGUUAUUUUCCUCUUCUUCUGGCUUUUCAUGAAAGAAACAUUAUACGAUGAAGUUCUUGCAAAGCACAAAAGAGAGCAAAAGCUUAUUCCUACAAAAACAGAUAAAAAGAGGGCAGAAAAGAAAAAGAAUAAAAGGAAAGAAAUCCAGAAUGGGAACCUCCAUGAAUCUGAUUCAGAGAGUGUACCUCGAGACUUUAAAUUAUCUGAUACUUCGGCUGUAGAGGAUGAGCAAGUUGUACCUGUUCCGUUGAAUGUGGUUGAAACUUCAAGUAGUAUGAGGGAAAGAAAGAAGAAGGAAAAGAAACAAAAACCUUUGCUUGAAGAGCAGGUCAUCAAAGAAAGUGAUGUAUCAAAGAUUCCUGGCAAGAAAACAGAGCCUGUCCCAGUUACAAAGCAGCCUACCCCACCUUCUGAAUCAGCUAUCUCAAAGAAGAAACCAGGGCAGAAGAAGUCUAAAAAUGGAAGCGAUGACCAAGAUAAAAAGGUGGAGACUCUGAUGGCACCUUUGAAAAAGCAAGAAGUAUUACCCUCCCACCAAGAGACUAAACAUGAAAGUGGAUCAGGAAAGAAGAAACUUUCAUCAAAGAAGCAGAAGACAGAAAAUGUGUUGGUAGAUGAACCCGUUAUUCAUGCAAGUACUUCGAUUUCUUUGAUGGAUAAUGCUAACUCAAAUCCUGUGGAUAAGAGAGAAAUGAUUGAUCUUAUUAAACCUGACCAAGUAGAAGGGAUCCAGAAAUCUGGGUCUAAAAAACUGAAGAUUGAAACUGACAAAGAAAAUGCUGAAGUGAAAUUUAAAGAUUUUCUUCUGUCCUUGAAGACCAUGGUAUUUUCUGAAGACGAGGCCCUUUGUGUUGUAGAUCUACUGAAGGAGAAGUCCAGUGUGAUACAAGAUGUUUUAAAGAAGUCAACUAAAGGAGAAUUGACAGCGCUUCUGCAUCAGCUUCAGGAGAAGGACAAGUUGCUCGCUGCUGUGAAGGAAGAUGCUGCUGCUACGAAAGAGCGGUGUAAGCAGUUAACCCAGGAAAUGAUAACAGAGAAAGAAAGAAGCAAUGUAAUUAUAGCAAGAAUGAAAGAUCGGAUUGGAACAUUAGAAAAGGAACAUAAUGUAUUUCAAAACAAAAUCCAUGUCAGUUAUCAAGAGACUCAACAGAUGCAGAUGAAGUUUCAACAAGUUCGUGAGCAGAUGGAAGCAGAGAUAGCGCACUUGAAGCAGGAAAAUGGUAUACUGAGAGAUGCUGUCAGCAACACUACAAAUCAACUGGAAAGCAAGCAGUCUGCAGAACUAAAUAAACUACGCCAGGAUUAUGCUAGGUUGGUGAAUGAGUUGACUGAAAAAACAGGGAAGCUACAACAGGAGGAAGUCCAAAAGAAGAAUGCUGAGCAAGCAGUUACUCAGUUGAAGGUUCAACUCCAAGAAGCUGAGAGAAGGUGGGAAGAAGUUCAAACCUACAUCCGGAAAAGAACGGCAGAACAUGAGGCAGCACAGCAAGAUUUACAGAGUAAAUUUGUGGCCAAAGAAAAUGAAAUACAGAAUCUACAUAGUAAACUUACAGAUACCUUGGUAUCAAAACAACAGUUGGAGCAAAGAUUAAUGCAGUUAAUGGAAUCAGAGCAAAAAAGGGUGAACAAAGAAGAGUCUCUACAAAUGCAAGUUCAGGAUAUUUUGGAGCAGAAUGAGGCCUUGAAAGUGCAAAUUCAACAAUUUCAUUCCCAGAUAGCAGCCCAGACCUCCGCUUCAGUUCUAGCAGAAGAAUUACAUAAAGUGAUUGCAGAAAAGGAUAAACAGAUAAAACAGACUGAAGAUUCCCUAGCAAGUGAACAUGAUCAUUUAACAAGUAAAGAGGAGGAACUUAAGGAUAUACAGAACAUGAAUUUCUUAUUAAAAGCUGAGGUGCAGAAAUUACAGGCUCUGACAAAUGAGCAGGCUGCUGCAGCACAUGAAUUGGAGAAGAUACAAAAAAGUAUUCAUGUUAAGGAUGAUAAAAUAAGACUGCUUGAAGAUAAGUUACAAUGUGAAAUUACAAACAAAAUGGAAGAAUUUAAGACUGUAAAUGACCAAAACAAAGCAUUAAAAUUAGAAGUUAAAAGGCUACAAACUCUUAUUUCUGAGCAGCCCAAUAAAGAUGUUGUGGAACAAAUGGAAAAAUGCAUUCAAGAAAAAAAUGAGAAGUUAAAGACUGUAGAAGAAUUACUUGAAACUGGACUUAUUCAGGUGGCCACGAAAGAGGAGGAACUGAAUGCAAUAAGAACAGAAAAUUCAUCUCUGACAAAAGAAGUUCAAGACUUAAAGGCUAAGCAAAAUGAUCAGGUUUCUUUUGCAUCUCUAGUUGAAGAACUUAAGAGAGUGAUCCAUGAGAAAGAUGGAAAGAUCAAGUCUGUAGAAGAACUUCUAGAAGCUGAAAUUCUCAAAGUUGCUAAUAAGGAGAAAACUGUUCAGGAUUUGAAACAGGAAAUAGAGGCUCUAAAAGAAGAAAUAGGAAAUGUCCAGCUUGAAAAGGCUCAACAGUUAUCUAUCACUUCUCAAGUUCAGGAGCUUCAGAACUUAUUAAAAGGAAAGGAUGAACAGAUGAAUACCAUGAAAGCUGUUUUAGAAGAGAAGGAGAAAGACCUAGCCAAUAGAGGGAAAUGGUUGCAGGAACUUCAAGAAGAAAAUGAAUCUUUAAAGGCUCAUGUUCAAGAAGUAGCACGACAUGACUUGCAGGAGGUACAUUCUGCAUCACAAUUUGAAGAACUUGAAAUUGUGUUGAAAGAAAAGGAAAAUGAAAUGAAGAUAGUAGAAGCUAUGCUAAAAGAGAGGGAGAGUGAUCUUUCUAGCAAAAUAAAGCUGUUACAGGAGGUGCAAGAUGAAAACAAAUUAUUUAAAUCCCAGAUUGAGCAGUUUAAGCAACAGAAUUACCAACAGGCAUCUUUUCCCGCUUACGAAGAAUUACUAAAAGUAAUUUCAGAAAAAGAGAAGGAAAUAACUGGGCUCCAGAAUGAAUUAGAUUCUUUGAAGGAUGCUGUUGAACAUCAGAGGAAGAAAAACAAUGACCUUCGGGAGAAAAACUGGGAAGCAAUGGAAGCAUUGGCAUCAACUGAAAAAAUGCUGCAGGACAAAGUGAACAAGACUUCCAAGGAAAGACAACAGUAUGUGGAAGCUGUUGAGUUGGAAGCUAAAGAAGUUCUUAAAAAAUUAUUUCCAAAGGUGUCUGUCCCUUCUAAUUUGAGUUACAGUGAAUGGUUACGUGGAUUUGAAAAGAAAGCCAAAGAAUGUAUAGUUGGAACUUUGGAUUCAGAAGAAGUUAAGGUUUUAGAGUUUAAGUUGAGAGAAGCUGAUGAAGGACGCACACUGUUACAGCUGGAGUGUGAUACGUAUAAAUCAGUCCUUGCAGAAACAGAAGGAAUUUUACAGAAGCUACAGAAAAGUGUGGAGGAAGAGGAAAAUAAAUGGAAAGUUCAGGUCGAUGAAUCACAAAAGACAAUUAAGCAGAUGCUGUCGUCAAUUACAUCUUCAGAGCAAGAGUUAGAGCAUUUAAGAAGAGAAAAUAGAGAUAUUGAAAAUCUGAGAAGAGAACGACAGCAUUUGGAAAUGGAACUAGAGAAGGCAGAAAUGGAACGAUCUACCUAUGUUACAGAAGUCAGAGAGCUGAAAGAUCUGUUGACUGAAUUGCAGAAAAAACUUGAUGAUUCAUAUUCUGAAGCAGUAAGACAGAAUGAAGAGCUAAAUUUGUUGAAGACACAAUUAAAUGAAACUCACACAAAACUUAAAACUGAACAAAGUGAAAGACAAAAGGUAGCAGGUGACUUGCACAAGGCUCAACAGUCAUUGGAUCUUAUCCAGUCAAAAAUAGUACAAGCUGCUGGAGAUACUGUUAUUGAGAAUAGUGAUGUUUCCUCAGAAAUGGAGUCCUCUGAGAAAGAGACGAUGUCUGUAAGUCUAAAUCAGACUGUAGCACAGUUACAGCAGUUGCUUCAGGCUGUAAACAAACAGCUCACAAAGGAGAAAUGACACUACCAGGUUUGGAAUGAAGUAAUUGGGAAUCUGUUCAAUUGAGGAUAGCAGAAGGCACUGUAUUAUAUUUUGCCAAAUUAAAGCCUUAUUUAUGUUUUCACCCUUUCUACUGUCAGAAACACUGAACACAGUUUUGUCUUUUCUAAUCCUUGUUAGACUACUGAUUUAAAGAGAAAAAUUUAAAAAGCCAACUCUGUAGACACCUUCAGAGUUUAGUUUUAUAAUAAAAACUGUUUGAAUAAUUAGAACUUUACAUUCCUGAAGAUAAAAUAAACAUGUAAUCUUUUACCUUAUUUUGUUCAAUUCAGUUGUUCAGAAGAUCAAAGUGGUACAGACAAUGUAAAGUUUAACAUUUUAAUACUGAUGUUGUACACUGUUUAACACUUUUGGGGGAGUAACUGCCUCUGACAUCAACUCAAGAAGACACUUUUGUUGCUAAUGUAAUCGGUUUUUGUAAUGACAGUCAGCAAAUAAAGGGAUGCUUAUUAUUCAAACUUGA